UGUGAAGACGCAGACAGACAGGAGGACAAGCACUAGAACACUAAACGGAGUUUGGAAAACCUUACGACUACCGAUGGUCUCUUUAGAACCGGAGAUGGUUUGCAAUCAACUGAGCAAAUAAUAGGUUUGAACCAAGCUUGCCCAUGAAAGACUCCUCUUCUCGCAUCUUCGGAAUUCGGUGCUAUUGAACUUGAACCCGUGCUGUUUUCCCCCUCCUGACCUGUGUAAAUUAUACGCUAUUAAUAGAAGCGUAAAAAGUGGAGAGUUUACCGACUGAACGAAAAGAAGAUAAAAGUUGCCAUAAAAUGUUAUCAUUAUUCUUCUUGAUUCUGUACAUUCCUGCUGUGAUGUCCUCAUCGUCACAGAUGGCAGGGAUCUACCCCCAGGACCCAGCCCUGCCCAUCGGCUCCACCCUCACUGCCACAUGUUCAGUCAGCCCUGAUCUGGGCCUCCACGCCAGCUCUCUGUUCUGGAGCCUGAAUGGCCGCCGGCUGCCCAGUUCUUCCUACAGCGUGUUGAGCCCUACGGCCCUCAGUGUCACCCUGCCGGGCCUGCCAGCCUCUAGGCAGAGGUCAGGGGACAACCUGGUGUGUCACAACCAUGGAGGACAUGUUCUGGCCGGGUCCUGUCUCUACAUUGGGAUGCCUCCAGGGAAGCCAGUCAACUUGACCUGCUGGUCCAGAAACACCAAAGACCUGACCUGUCGUUGGGCACCGGGUGGACAGGGAGAGACCUUCAUCAAGACCAAAUACACACUCAAAUACAAACUCAGGUGGUAUGGCAGAGAGAAAGAAUGUGAGGAGUACAGUGCCGCCCACCCAUACUCAUGCUACAUACCUCGUGACCUCGCCCUCUUCACGCCCUACGAGAUCUGGGUGGAAGCCACCAAUCAGCUCGGCUCAGCCACCUCUGAUGUCAUCACCCUGGAUGUCCUAGACGUGGUAACGACGGACCCUCCGUCAGGUGUGAGUGUGAGUCGUGUGGGUGACCUGGAGGACCACCUGAGUGUUCGAUGGGAGUCUCCCCCAGCUCUCAAAGACUUCCUGUUCCAGGCCAAGUACCAGAUACGCUACCGACUGGAGGACAGCUCAGGCUGGAAGGUCAUGGAUGACAUUGGGAACCAGACAUCAUGUCGUCUGGCAGGCCUGAGACCGGGCACUGUGUAUUUUGUCCAGGUGCGCUGUAACCCAGUAGGGAUCUAUGGGUCUCGUAGGGCUGGUAUCUGGAGUGAAUGGAGUCAUCCUACUGCUGCUUCUACACCUCAUAGUGAGCGUGUAUUAUCAGGUUCGUGUGACUCCAAGUCUGGAGACUCCAAUUCUACGUUACGUCGAGAGCUGAAGCAGUUCUUCGGCUGGGUACGGAAUCAUGCGUAUGGCUGCAGCGGCAUGUCAAUCAAACUCUACGACCAAUGGAGAGUCUGGAUGCAGAAGUCCCACAAAACACGCAACCAGGUAGGUCCUACAAGGGGAUAAGUCAUAGUACGCAUCACCUCUGCCUUUAAACAACCAGCAAAGUCAAGACAACAAACGUGUGUGUGUGUGUGUGUGUG